AUGCCUGUUGCUAUUCCUGCCGGAUUAACUGAAGAACAGAUAGAGAGCUAUGUGAUCCAUGUUCGCUUGGAAGAUAUCAGUCGCAGCUUGAAAGUCGGAGACUAUGUUCCAUCAGACAAACGUUCCGUAUCUCCGCCACCAGAAUACGGCACGGAUGGUCGUCGUAUCAAUACUCGCGAAUUCAGAUACCGCAAGAAACUUGAAGAUGAGCGACACAAACUAGUCGAAAAGGCCAUCAAGGUCAUUCCUGGUUUCCGUCCACCUGCAGAUUAUAAACGCCCCACAAAAAUUUUAGACAAAAUCUACAUUCCUGUUCGGGACUUUCCUGAAAUCAACUUCAUUGGUCUUCUUAUUGGUCCCAGAGGAAACACGCUUAAAAAGAUCGAGUCUGAAUCAGGUGCCAAGAUUAGUAUUCGUGGUAAAGGUUCAGUUAAAGAAGGUCGAGGUCGUAACGAAAAUGCACCACAGGCUGGCGAAGAGGAAGACUUGCAUUGUGUUGUAUCUGGAGACACUGAUGAUAAGAUUCGAAAGGGAGUUGAGAUGAUCAAUAAGAUUAUUGAAACAGCUACGAGUGUUCCUGAAGGGCAAAAUGAACUUAAACGAAACCAGCUUCGCGAACUUGCUGCACUCAAUGGUACGCUACGCGACGAUGAAAAUCAGAUAUGUAACAACUGUGGUGCAGUAGGUCACCGUAGGUAUGAAUGUCCCGAACAGCGCAAUUUUACUGCCAAUUUGAUAUGUCGUAUUUGUCAAGGUGUUGGCCAUAUUGCUCGAGGUAAAUCUAUGACUACUUGUUUGAUUAAAUGCAAUAUCUGGGCUUUCUAA